AUGGAUAAUCAUACUUCAGAGUUUCUUCUCUUGGAAUUCUCAAAGUUAUGGGAAAUACGGAUUAUGUACUUAACUUUGUUACUGGUACUCUAUUUAAUGACAAUAAUAGGCAAUUUUCUUAUCAUCUCUGUGGUUUCUUUAGAUUCACACCUUCACUCCCCCAUGUACUUCUUCCUGAUGAAUUUAGCUCUGCAAGAUGUUGGUUCUGUUUCAGUCAUCAUCCCCAAAGCUGUUUUCAAUUUGGCGAUGAAUAUCAGGUAUAUUUCCUAUUCAGGAUGUGUUGCUCAAGUCCUCUUGUUUGCCUUCUUUAUGGGUUGUGAUAUUGCCCUCCUUACUAUGAUGGCAUAUGAUAGGUUUGUUGCCAUUUGCAAUCCUUUGCAUUAUGAAAUGAUAAUGAACAAAAAGUUCUGUAACAAAAUGGUUGGCAGUGUAUGGAUUGUCAGCCUCAUCAAUGCUGGGUUGCAUACUAUUGGCACUUUCACUAAUCAUUUCUGCUCUAAUACAAUCAAUCAGUUCUAUUGUGAAAUCCCACAAUUACUUAAGUUUGCCUGCUCAGAUAUAUAUGUAAUUGAAAUUGGAUAUAUUAUAUUUAUUAUGAUAUUACUAUUUGGUUGCUUUAUUUUCAUCACUAUUACUUAUGCACAGAUCUUCUCUGUUGUUUCAAGAAUCCCUUCUGUUCAGGGAAGGAAAAAGGCCUUCUCUACUUGUUUUCCCCACCUCACAGUUUUCUCCAUAUUUUUGGUUGCCUCCUCAUUUGCUUACUUGAUUCCUCGACCAGACAAACCAUCACACUUUGAUUUUACUAUUACAAUAACCUAUUCCAUUAUUCCACCCAUGUUAAACCCAAUAAUAUACAGCAUGAGAAACAAGGACAUCAAAGUUGCUCUUUCAAAAAUUUUCACUCUGGGAAUUAGAAAAUGGACAAUGUAA